AUGCUCCCCAGAACACGCUUGUCACGGUCACAGCCACGGACAUGAUGCAACUGAAGCUGCAGGGUCGUAGGAGAUGGUCGAUCACUUCCCUUCCCUCUUCCCUCUUCCCUCUCGGAGGGCAACAGAUCGGGUGCAGGCAAGCAAGUGGGUAUGAAAGACGAACGAUGAUUGAUUGGCCUCGACUGAUCGAGUUGGGAUGUUUGAUGGUGUUGCCCCAGCAUCCCCGACUGCACUGCAGAGUACACCAAUUUUGCAUCUCGUUUCCCGUCCUUUCUCUUCUUCCACACUUUUACUUCAGUGUGUCUGCGACGCCUGCAAGUCUUCAUGGUUCUCCAUUCCCCGCAGCCACGCGCGCGCUCUCGCUCGCAGCUACCACCCUCCUUUGGCUCAGCAGGUCCAUUUCCAUAUACGGCGUGGCGUAGCUUCGAUCACAAGAAGACGAGACGCUAUGGUAAAGAGG